UUACUCCCAUCUGACAUUAUUCAAAAUGUCAGCCCACAGAGAGGGGCAACGUGAAAAUAGUGCUGGUGAUUUCUCUAAAAUAUUUGACCGCGAAGGAAAGCCUUGUAGGGCUUGCACAGACAUGCAGACUUACAGAAAGAUGAUGGCACUGAAAUUUGGCCAGAAUGUUCUGGCACACAAGCAGGCACAUACAUCUAAAACAACAAAUCAGGUCAUUGAAUCUGAAGAAGUGACAGAAAGAACAGACUGCCCAUUGGAAAUACAUGAACUUGGAAGAAACACUUGGUCAUUCUUACAUACUAUGGCUGCUUACUAUCCAGAUAGGCCUACUGAAACACAGAAGGAGGACAUGAAAAAUUUCAUGCAUUUGUUUUCAAAAUUUUAUCCUUGUGGAGAAUGUGCAGAGGAUUUGCGUAGACAAAUAAAGGAAAAACCACCUACUACAGAAUCCAGAUAUCAGUUAGCACAGUGGCUUUGUAGGAUCCACAAUGGAGUGAAUGAAAGACUUGGGAAACCAAUAUUUGAUUGUAGCAAAGUUGAUGAAAGGUGGAGAGAUGGAUGGGAAGAUGGAAGCUGUGAUUGAUGUCUACCUCUAACUGAAAUCUUAUCACACAAAUGUAUACUCCUUUUUGUCCAGUUUAAAUCAAGAGAAGACUCAAAUUGUGAAAAAUAAUGGUGGUCAUUUUAGUUAUGUUGGAAGCAAUUUUUUAUCUACCUGUUUGAGGAACUGUCAAUAACAGGAAAAAAAUUAUCAUGUUCUAAAAUACAUAGUGACGUUGCUCAACAUGAUUGUCAGUAAAAUGUUUACUACUACAAAUUUUAUUGAAUGUUUAUUUUGUAAAUAUUUCAUAAAUUGGAUCUUAUUAUUAAAUAUUUUUAAAUUAAUA